AUGGACCAGACCAACCUUUUAGCUCUUGUGCAGCAGAUACAGCAGCAGCUUUCAGACCAGCAAAACCAGUUAUUAGCGAUCGCUUCGCAACAGAACCAGAACCAGCAUUACCAUCUUCCUGACCCACCCCGAUUUGACGGCAAGCCCUUCACACUACGUACAUGGCUCCCAGCAAUACAAGCCAAGUUAGAGGCCGAUGGCCUUACAGGACGACAAGCAUUCAACUAUAUCUAUAAUCGCCUAGAACCACCUCAACAAGCAUCAGUGUUACAUCUUCAAGAUAAAGCCAACCCCGAUCAGAUCUUCCAGUACUUUCAGCGUCUAUGCUAUAACCCCCGCGAGAAACAAGAGAAUAUUCUUCGAUUCGCCAAUAUCCGGCAGAGAGAUGAUGAAAGCCUCAUCGCCUAUCUAGCUAGAUUUGAACGCCUUUCGCAUGAAGCAAGUAUAGGUCUCGUGGACCAGGCGCUUUUCGCGAUAACCACACUUCACCGUGGACUCCGUCGCCCUCUUCGCGAGACCCUCGAACAAGUUAGCGAUUCGCUAUUUAGCCUUUCGUAUGAAGCUUAUAUCGAGUUUUUACAACGAUACGACCGUCGCCAGCCAAGAUUCCAGACCCAGCCAGAACCCAGAAAUCAGCCAAAUUUCCAGAAGAAACCCCAGAACCAGUCCCAGAACCAGUCCCAGAACCAGCCUACCUCUAGUCAAUUCAUAAACCAACUCGAACCAAUGGACUUAUCAGUCAACACUACUAAGACCCGCCCGAUUUCACCAAGCAACCAAGUAAGGAUAAGAACAGCUCAGAUCCAACCAUACAUCGUCCCCGAGAGACAGGCCCAAGAACGUGCCCAAGUACGCCACGAUACGCGACAGAUUGCCAUUUAA